UGAGGUUCCCAAAGCGUGCUGCACAACCACCAAGCUCAGUCCCAUCUCUGUACUCUUCUACGCUGACAACAACAACGUGAUCCUAAAGAAGCAUCGCAACAUGGUGGUCAAGACCUGUGACAAUGCCUGUGACACCAGUGGUAGCCCAUCUAUCUAUUCUUAAUUUUAAUCAACUUAAUUGCCAUUGUUCCAAAAGAAACAAAGAGGGUAAAAUAACUUGCAACCAGCAAUAAUCUGUCAAUAUGCUGAUAAAUAGUAUGUAUCUAAUAUAUUGAUUUUGAGUCAGAGUGGUAUAUGAACAACACCCAUUGGACCUAUAACCAUACUUCACUUUUGAUUAACUAAACUAUUCAAAUCUACAGUAAUUCAGAUAAUUACAUCACCCCUUCAUGUCAUAUAUUCUGUGACCAAUCAAAGCUGUAAAGUACUGUAUCAUAAGUAUAUCAAUGCUAAAUUUCUGCCCUUUUGAUGACUAUAAUAUCUUUUUGAACCAUGAAUUUGUCAUUGUCUCUUUUAGAAGUACUAAACAUGGUUUGCAAAAAAUAAACGUUUUUCUUCUUCUUUAAUCAUACUUUUAACCAGUACAAGUUAGUAACAAUGGAAAAUGGCAACAAACAAAAAAAUGUUUGGCCAUUUUUGUAUGUACAGUGUAACAAAUACACAGUGAUGUAUGUCCUUGUCAACAGAUAUCUGGAGGACUGUAUACGGCUAUAUUUGUAAUAAACUAUACUGAACAAAAAAACGCAACAUGUAAAAGGUUGGUCCCAUGUUUCAUGAGCUGAAGUUAAAGGUCCCGGGAAAU